CAAUGAUACUUCCUUUGGAGAUAGUUGUAACCAGACCUGCAGCACCAACUGUUUAGACCAGUUGUGUGACAACAUCAAUGGUUCGUGUUUCAGCUGUAUAGAUGGCAAAAUGGGAGAGUACUGUGUUGAAGAUUGUGGUGUUGGAAAGUAUGGACACAAUUGUAACAGCACCUGCUCUGUAAACUGUACACAAUCACAAUGCAACGUGACCAACGGUCAUUGUUUCAAGUGUCGGUCAGGAUAUCAAGGAGAAUUUUGCGAUCAAGUCUGUGAUGAUGGCUCCUAUGGAGACGGUUGUCUUAACAAAUGCAGUACAUUGUGUGUGGUCAACGCCACUGAAUCAAGGUGUAACAACACUGAUGGAGCCUGUCUGAUUGGGUGUAAUCAAGGGUUUACUAGAAAAAACGAAGAAUGCAGUUUGUUUUUUCAUCUAUUACCCGUUGAUCAGGAGACCCCUCUUGCUGCCAUUGUUGUACCGAUACUAGCAGUUCUAAUUAUAGCUGCUUUGUGUAUUGUUGGUUUUCUUCUCUGGAGACGUAGACGAUCUAAUGAAGGCAAGUCAACAGAUACAAGUUCUAUUGACGGCGAGUUGUCUGCAAAGUCUGAGUCGGAAAUGGUCACGCUAAAUGGCGUUGGUAUUAAACUCCAAGACACCAAAAGAUUUAGCAAGCCUGUUGCUGUAGUAAACGCAUAUUGUAACACCAUAGAGUUUAAUGACCGGGAAAUAUUGGUCUCACAACUACACGAGUUCAUGCAGACACAUAACAUUCAGUACUUUGGUGAGGAGUUUUAUAAAAUCCCUUCACCGCAAAAUGUGUCAUCAUUGAUUGGACUCAGUGUCGCGAACAAAAGUAAAAACAGAUACAAAAAUAUUUGCACAUACGACCAUUCCCGCGUCCAUCUUGAAAUCAACACAAACAAAAAUGAAGGCGACUAUAUCAAUGCUUCUUACAUAGAGGGCUACAACAACGAAGAGAAAUUUAUCGCAUCACAAGGCCCGAAUGAAGCAAGCAUCAACGACUUUGUUCGAAUGUUGUGGGAACAAAAAGUUGAUAAAGUUGUGAUGUUGGCUAAUCUGAUUGAGGAAGGGAAGGAGAAAUGUUCUCGAUACUGGCCUACAGAAGGGUCAAUAAAAUUUGGUGACAUCAAAGUGAAGCUGGCAACAACACAUGUUUUCGCUGACUAUACUUUGCGGAAAUUGGAACUUAGCAAAAAAAAUCAGACAUCUCAUCAGUUCACCCAGUUCCACUUCACAUCGUGGCCAGACAAAGGUGUGCCUCUAACACCAUGGGGACUUGUGGACUUUGAACAGAGGGUGGCGUUAGGGAGUACAUCAAGGCCUAUUGUUGUCCACUGCAGUGCUGGUGUAGGACGUACUGGAACCUUCAUCGCUCUACGUAAUGUGAUGAGAGAAGCUGAAGACACGGGGCGGAUAAAUUGUUUUCAAACUGUGGCCAAACUUAGACAAGACAGAAUGUUGAUGGUGCAAACAGCCGAACAGUACCAGUUCUUGCACAAAGCUGCUCAAGUCGCCAUUGUCUGUUUGGGGACAACUGUUUCAUCUAAUGACAUUGUAGACAGAAUCCAAAAAUUGUCGGAGCUGUCGCUUAUGAAGAGAAGCAACAUGGAAGAGGAGUUUAAUGCUGUCUCUGUCUUAAGUGAGGACUUUAGCACGAUAAAGGAAGACAACGAUACGAACUGUGAAGAAAACGUUUAUCAGAAUAAUGUGUCUGAAAAUGUGACGAAAAAUAGGUACCCAUCUAUUGUGCCAAGUACACCACACAGGGCCGUCCUCUCGUGUGAGUCCAGAGAUCUGGACAACUACAUCAAUGCCGUGCUUGUUCCGAGUUUCACCAAACGCGAGAACCAGAUACUAACACAGCUCCCAAUGCCAAACACAGUCACAGAUUUCUGGAGAUUGGUGGCACAGUACAAUGUUAAACUGGUCGUGGCCUUUCAAACGCUGAAUCAGGAUCAGACCCUAGGCCAGUACCUGCCUGCUAACAUGACAACACCUUUAGACUGUGGACCAUAUGAAAUACACACAGGACCUGUCAAGUCUGAGAGUUUAUGGGAGGAACAACAGAUCACUGUCAAAGUCGUCAAAACAUUAGCGAUUUUCUUACCUUCUAAUGUAAUCAGUGAAACCCACGUGACCUACAUUGCGAGUAAAAGCACAGACCUGAAUCCCAAGAAUCUUCUCAAACUUCUCAAACACACAAGGUCAAACAAUGUACAGGCACAGGGGAGAGUACUCUAUAUGUGCAGGAACGGAGCUGAGUACAGUGGCCUGGCCUGUGUGUUGAGUCUUCUACUUGACCGAAUGGACCAUGACCAAAGCUUAACAGUUCCACUUGUUGUUGGUGCCAUCAAAUGUAUCAGACCACAGGUCAUCCCAUCUCUGGAACAGUACAGAUGUUUAUACAAAGUCCUAGAGCGACACAACGAAAUCAACACACCUUACAACAACUUCGCUAACUACUCAAGCGCUAAACCAAACCAUGACGUGACGCCGCCUACAGUAGAAGAAAACAUUUACGCUAACAGCUAAAGUGCUCCUUCACAUAAUGAUGAAUUAAUUCAGUUAAUGCUGAAUAUGUUUUACCUAAACAAAAAUGUCACACUUACAAUUAUUAUUGUUUCUUAAGUUUACAAUGUAUGCAUUUGUUUGCCUAAUAUUACCUCUACACAUAUAUGUAUUUAACUGCAUUAUGUAAGAAAAGCAUUUUCAUGUAAACAUUGACUAGACAAUUUAUUUUUGUGUUUAUCAUCGUUGCAGCAUAUUCUGAUUUAUUCGUUUACUCCAUGAUAAUUCAACAAAUUCAUAAUUUUAAAGAUUAAACCAUUAACUCUCAGAUAAUCCAUAGUCUCAUUUUAGCAUUAAAUAAUAAUCUUAACAUUGGACAACGUGGCCUAGUGGUAGAGUGCUAUACUGCUAACAGGCAUGUCUCGAGUUCGAAUCCGGGUUCAAGUCACUAAAAUGUCCCUGAAUCCACCCAGCUAUGAUGGGUACCUAUUCACUUUAGGGGGAAAAAAAGGCUGGACAUAGUAGUGACCGCAUUAUUCUUUUAAAUGCCGAGGUCUAUGAAACAGAAGAACUCUACUACAUCAGCACCAUGUUUUUGGGCACGAACGGGAAAAGACGAUGAAUAAUCUUACAAUAAUAUGCAACGUUCAAUUUUUAGAAUUCCGUGAGCCAUUGUCAUUUUAAACCUAAAAAACAAUUGCUGUGAUUUAGUUUUCAACACGUUUAACGAAAGCCUUCGUAAAUCUCACAACUUCAAAUAUCUACAAACACAAAUUUUACGAUAAAUGUAAGUUAUUAUCAGCAUAUCGCAAAACUAAUCCCAUUGGACUAGUUAAUUUUGAGACAUUUAGAGUCAGUGUGUAUCUUCAUAUAUAUACAUUACAUUUUAGUGAUACCUUAAUAAUUGCUAAAAUCACCAUACCCUUCUCUAAAGCUAAAUAUUUUUCAAGUCAUAUUUGUUGUUAUUUUUCUAUCACGGCAGGUGAUUGAAUAUUCCAAUUUAUCUACUGAAUGUUUAAAUGAAUAUUAAUGUAAGGGGAGGAGGAAUUGAGAAGGGGGGGGGUAGUGUUGUACGGCAAAUCACUUGAAAUCUGUUCCCAAAAAUAAGUGUGCAUUUAAUAACAUUUUUUUUUAUUAUAUUAUACCCUGCUAAUGUAUCUUUUUUCUCAUGUUGUCUGUUUUUGUGGUUUGUGUUUUUAUUCGUUGUGUUUUCCAUCGUGUUCCGUA